AUGGACCAAGCCAUGAAACUCGUCCCAAUGACUACACCCUUCAGUGGCAAAGUGACCAGCGGCGGCGAUGGCUCCAACGCCAAGCGGAAACUUGACAGCAAUGCACACUCGUUUUUUUCACUCUCGGCGUCGUCGUCGCCUUCAAACUCCUCAACUGUCGUAUCCAACAGCUUUAAACCUUUUCAAACCACCUCAGACGCACUGCAGUCAUUGGAUUCACACCAAAAAGCGCAAUGUUGUGCUGUUGCGGAGCCUCAGUCAUUGACUCGAUGCUACUCGGACGGGAAAAUCUCCAAGGCAUUUGAAGAGUUGGUGACUGCAGAAGAAGAGACAAAUGCUCAGUGUAUGCGAAAUGCCUUUGCGUCCGAAGGCUUCCCAACGUCGUCGGUACAAAUACUGCCACCACAUAACUCGACAUUACAAAAGAACAUUUCGCCUCAAGCAAGUAGCUGUCCACAUCGGAAUCUCUUCUUGGAUGAUGGGUCGUGGUCACUGAGCAUCUCAAGAGUUCCGACGUCGACAUUCAUCACUAAGACCGACCAAAAAUACACGAUACCUCCACACCAGUCAGUAAACAGCCGCAUAAUGUGUACUCCACCGACGCCAAACAAGCGGGUUUGCUGGCAGCAGGGCUUUAUGCAGAGCAAGGCGGGCGCAGCUGCCUCACCGCGUCACUGGGAGUCUUCUCUUACACAAGCAAGAAAACGCUCUCCAAGGGGGUUGUCAGAUGGAGCUCACUUUGCUAGUGCGCCUCCGUCGGAUAAGCGAGUAUUUUCAUCCAUCGAUAUGAAUUUGAAGAGCAGAAGCAAUGCCGUUGCGGGGGCGCUGUCCUCAUCCUCGACACUGUCGACCGCCAUGCCACCUCGAGGGAGAGUGAGCGCACCACCGAGAACGUACGCUCCUCAGCAACGUCGUAGUCGGAACCCAGGCAAUUUAUCGCUGGACUUAACACAGAUGGACCAAGUCAUUUUGGAUCAAUGUACUACUACGACCGGGGCAUUGAAACGGCUUGAUGACCAAGUCGCUUUGUGCUCGAAAUUAACGGACUUCCUGUACAUUGGUGGUGCAGUUGCUGCCAAGAACAAGUCCCUAUUGAUUAAGAAAGGCAUCACCCAUGUUAUUAACUGCGCAGCCAGCGUGGCUCCGGCUGCGUUUCCAGAUGAUUUUUGUUACUUUAACAUGAGGCUUCGCGACCACACAUCGCAGGACAUUGCGAGACACUUUUACAGCAUCUUCGACUUUAUUGAGCGUGCGCGCAAGUGCGGUGGAUGUAUCUAUUUGCACUGUGUGAAGGGCAUAUCUCGCUCCCCUACGAUGGCAAUCGCGUACAUGAUGUGGUACAAAAACAUCGGGGUGCGUGAGGCGCUAGACUUUGUUCGACAAGCGCGCCCGAUCGUAGACCCCAAUGCUGGUUUCAUCUUUCAGCUAACCGAGUGGGAACAACAACACCCAAAUGGCAGACUUCAAGUCCAGGGCACACUUAUCUUUCGACUGGAUGUGGCGUAUGCCAACCCUGACAAAAGUGGCAAGUGCAACAGCUUUUUGUCGGCAAAGAAUCCCUUGUUCGUGCCACUUCCAGGGAUUGGCGAAAGCUAUUUCCGCGACCCGACGAAGGAUAUCGGUGAACAAUGUUUGAUCGUCGCGUGCAUCGACUACAUGUUCGUUUGGUGUGGCACCGACGUAAAUGAGAACCAAGUGGAGAUUGCUGAGAAUGGCGCGACAAUGCUACAGCGAUACGAAACAUUUCCGUCGAAGUGCGACACAGUGAGGCAAGGACAGGAACCCGUGGCUUUUUGGGAUCUGGUCGGUGACAUAUUGUAG